AUGGCAGAACGAGAAGAGGGCAGUCCUGCUGUAGAAGCACACGGCUCAGAUGAAGGCCCUCCUUCAAAGAGACAAAGAGGCUUCAUUGCCAGACAGGCAUGUGAAUACUGUCGUCAGAAAAAGACAAGAUGUGAUGAAGAUUUCCCAUGCGGACUUUGCAAGUCCCUUGGUCUUCAGUGUAAAUUCACCCAAAGAAAAGCAACCCGGAAUGAAGCUUCUCUCGGCAUGAUCGUCAACAUCCUCCGUCGCAUCGAAGGUAAAAUUGACGACUCGAAACCCCAUGACUCACAUUCCACGGAGCAUCGCUCCAUCGCCGCCGCCUUACGACCAUUCAAUCCUAGGUCUCCCGCAAACUCAAGCGAAGUCCUCGGUGUCCCAUCGUUUCUGCGCCACGAAACCAUCGACUCACCAGCUGCACCGACCGAUCCUAAUCCCGCUAUUUCGUUCAGUGCGCACCAAGUACUCUUCUGGCCAGCCAUUCAAUCAGCACUGCCUGAAUCUGUAAAGUUAAUGUGCCAGAUGCAAGGCGGUACAUAUUCUACCCGCCUCGAAGCUUCACGGCCUAAACUCUCGCACGCUGCGUCUGUAGACAUAUCAUCAGAUUGGUUGUCAAAACUUAGUAUUGCGACGUUGAAACAGUUAUCUGACGUUUAUUUCACGACGUUUAACCUUGCAAACCCUAUCCUGGAUCAAAAGACGUAUUUUCAGCGCACGCUUGGCGUUGCGAUUGAUGGGAACUUUGGGAUUUGUAUCGAAAGCUGUAUAGUUCUUGUUGUUAUGGCUUUAGGGUCGAUGGGGCAGAAAGCGCUGCAAGAAGCUGGGCUUGCUGGGACGCCGGCGUCGAGUCCAUACGCUGGACAGGAGGGAGAGAUGCCAGGGUUGGACUUUUUCAACGAGGCGAGGAAACGGUUUGGCUUUUUGAUGUGUGAGCAGGACUUACAGGCUUGCCAGUUUUAUCUAUUAUCAGGGUUGUUCUACGCUGAGGCUCUCAGACCCAUCGAUUGGUGGGCAAUGCUCAGCAAAGCAAGCGCAUGCAGCGCCUACUUCUGGAACAACUUAUCGCGAGAUCGCGACGAAUGGAUGCUGGACAUGCAAUCCCGCCUGUUCUGGAUAACAAGCAUGUUCGAAGCCGUCCUAUCCCAAGAACUCAACCUCCCUCCCAGCAAUUCCCUACAUCUCGAAGAACACAUCGCUCUACCAAAGUUCAUCUCCGCUCAGGAUAUUGCAUCAUUCGGAUCGUUUCGAUAUCCAGGUGAUGAUCCGUUUUUUCACUAUCAUUUCUUAUCACAGCUUGCACACCGCCUUAUCUUGACGAGAGCGAGGAAUAGUUUGUUUCACUUCAAUCCUACUGCAGACUAUCCGCCUGAGCCUGUUGAGGAUGAACUCAUCAGACAGUUGGAGCAAUGGCGGGAACGGCUUCCGCCUAUGCUUCAGUUUGACCCGAAGUCGCCCUUGACACAGGCCGAGUCUCCUUCCGAUGCGCUUGUCACGGCUUGGUUGCAUGCUCGAUACUUUGUCGCGAGAUAUCACAUCGGUCGACCUCUACUCCACCGAGCCCUGGAGAGACCAGCAUCUCUGACCGAAGGGCAUCUCCGAAAAUGCCGCGACGCUAUAAGCGCUGUUCUUGCAUGGGCUUCCGUAAUUCAAGUCACAGACACAAUGAGGAGCUGCAAUCCUCUCAAGUUCUUCGUCUGCAGCCAAAUUUUCGGCCAAAUAUGCGUCAUAUACGCUCUCAGCGUAUCACCAUACCCCUACAUCCGCGACAUCGUAUCAGACGUCAACAAAAAAUGGACAAACUUUGCUCUAAACUAUCUCGAAGCCGGUGCAUUCUACAGCCCCGCAAUAGAGCAGGACUUUAAAAUAGCAAAGAUUCUCUAUAAGGAUAUAGGAAAGAUAUAA